AUGGAUUAUCUAGAGGAUAAGCCAUCUCCAUGCGCGGCUAACGCCGUUCAGCCUGUCAUGGUCAACUCUGUUGCCUUAACCCCUCCCCCGUUUUGGGAGAAUGAUCCUUUAUUAUGGUUUUUGCACCUAGAAUCCGUAUUUUAUAUUCGUAAGCUUUCUUCUGAUUUCGCCAUGUAUAAUCAGUUAAUAUCUUGCCUUCCUUAUAGUAUAUCCUCGCAG